ACAUCGGGAACCAGGAUGGAGAGUAGGUGCUACGGCUGCGCUGUCAAGUUCAGCCUCUUCAAGAAGGAGAACGGCUGUAAGAAUUGUGGCCGGGCCUUCUGUUCCGGCUGCCUUAGCUUCAGUGCAGCAGUGCCCCGGGCUGGAAACACCCAACAAAAAGUUUGCAAGCAGUGCUAUGAGGUUCUGACCAGAGGAUCUACUCCUGCUAAUGCCUCCAAGUGGUCACCACCUCAGAACUAUAAGAAGCGUAUGGCAGCCUUGGAAGCCAAGCAGAAGCCCAGCACACCACGGAGCAAGGGACUGACCCACCAAGACCAAGUCAUUGCUGAGCGCCUAGCACGGCUCCGCCAGGAGAACAAGCCCAAGUCAGUGCCCUCACAGGCAGAGAUAGAAGCCAGGCUAGCUGCGCUAAGGGAUGAACCCCAAGGUUCCGUCCCUUCCACCCAGGAGAUGGAGGCACGGCUUGCUGCACUGCAGGGCAGAGUUCCGCCUUCUUGGACCCCCCAGCCGGCGUAUCAGACACCAGACACCAGGACCGAGGCCCAGCAGGCGCAGGAUCUGCUGACACAGCUGACAGCAGAGGUGGCUAUUGAUGACAGCUGGGAACAAAGAGGCCCAGCUGCCUCUAUCCAGAAUGACCUCAACCAGGGUGGUCCAGGGGGCCAGAGUGCUAACUCUAAGGGGCAAGCCACCGGGUCCCUGGAGGGGAAGAGCAGGCUGCUGGCUGAGGCAGCAGUCAAGCUGCAGGAGGAGAACACGAGACAGGAGAAAAUCCUGGCCCUCGCCAAGCGCCUGGCCAUUUUGCCGGGACAGGACCCCAACAGAGUGACCCUCCAAGACUGUCACCUCCCAGACAGUGAUGACGAUGAGGAGACAGCCAUCCAGAGAGUCGUGCAGCAGCUCACUGAAGAAGCCACCCUGGAUGAGGCAAGUGGCUUUAACAUCCCUGUGGAGACAACUCCCGGACCCCAGGCCCAAUCCUGCAAGGCAGAGCCUGAGGCCCAGGCCUUAGCCCCCAAGCCUGAGGCUGACGAAGAACUCCCCUGGUGCUGCAUCUGCAAUGAGGACGCUACCCUGCGCUGUGCUGGCUGCGAUGGAGACCUCUACUGUGUCCGCUGCUUCCGGGAAGGCCAUGAUGCCUUUGACCUUAAAGAGCACCAGACAUCUGCAUACCACCCCCGACAUGCAGGCCGAGAGUACUGAGGAAACCCUGGUCCUCCUGGGAAGACAGUCUUACAGGCAGUCGCACAGCCUGGGAUGCCCACUUCUGGGCCCAACCUCGGCAUCUGAUGGAAGAGCAUGUCAGGCUAGACUGCUCAUGGGUGCACCCUCUCCUGAGCGUCGGUGUCCCUGGAAGGAGGAAAGGUUCUCCAUUGGAGAUGAUGACUGGAUGAGCCAGACGGAAGGCAGAAGUUGAGAGCCCUCCACCAGAGAAGCCUGGACUGGGAUUAAAAGGCAUGAUGGGGAAAGAUCAGACUGAAUCUAAGGACGAGACUUAGAACCUGCUCAAGGGCCCAGGGCCCUCUCCUAGUACUUAGUAUAUCUAAUAAAGUAUGUUGAUUCCGUGGG